AUGCCGAUAUGUAAGAGCAAAUAUAAAAAUGCCGUAUCAGAGGAUGACAAGUUAUUAUUUAAGGCUUGUACGGAGUCCACGGAAUAUCUACAUAUAUAUUUUAACGAUCUGAGGGAGUAUUUGUAUAGGUCCAAAAAAUAUGAGGAGCUGAACAACUUUUGUUACAACAUUUUAAGGAAUAUAAAAAACCCCGCUAUGUCUAGAAUAACUGCGCUAAAGGUAAUUAGCCUGUCCUUAGUACUCAAAGCACGUAAUGCGGAUCUUCGUGUGUACAAGGAAAUUAUUACAUAUGCAUAUAAACUACUAAAAAGAGACCAAGAGGGGGAAAACAAAAAGUAUUUCUCAUACUUUGGACAUAGUACCAAUCAAGAGAAAAAUGCAAUUGUUACAGAAUCAAAGAAUUUGCUUAAAACAGUUAAAAUAAUGAAAUUAAGAAAUGAUUCAAGAGAAUUAAAAUUUAUUAAUACCAUAUUUAAUAAGAUGGAGGAGAAUCGAAUAGAGAUACCCGAAGGAUAUACGUCCUCUUAUAGCAUACUGCUUAACGAUUUUAAAAUAUCCAAGAGGGACCUCUUUGAAAUGCUAGAGGACGAAUUUGUUAACCACCUAAAAGUCGACAGUGUAUACACUAACUAUGUCAGGUUGCUUAACCAAAUAAAGGAAAAGACGGUGGAAUUUUUGGAAAAUGGAGAAUACGAACUUUACUGCAGGUUUAUGGAUGUAAUACAAAUAAAAUAUGAACAAAUGGAACAUAACAACAUAUGCUUGAUGUUUGCUCAUGUUGCAUGUAGUGAAAUGCAGGAGGAGGAAGAGCUUAACAUCCGGUAUGAGUCAUAUGUCCUUAGUUGUCCCCAUAAGACUAAUGAAAAAAACGAAGCUAAAGUAACGAAUCAAGAAAAUAGUAAAAAAAAGAACGAACUAAAAAAAAGCCUAAAUAAUAUAUUUGCAAAUAGUUCGAUCGAUUCUGAAGAGGAAAAGGAAAAAAAAAAUAAUAAUAACAGCGAUAAAAAUAGUAGUAAUGAUAAAAAUAAUAAAAACAAUGCAUUGUCGCAAAGUGAUCAUCCGUUUAGUGCUCUACCUAGUUUUAUUAGCAAAAAGAAUUCGAAAGAUGGAAAUGAAUCAAGACCUUUAUCAAAAAAUAUGCCAAUAAGUUUUUCAAAAUUUACCACAUCAUUUUCGAAACGUUUCCCUUCAAGUAAUUCUAUAAAUGAUGAAAAUGAAAAGAGUAGUAUGGUGGUGCCAAAGGAAAACAUUAAAAAAUAUGAUUCACAUGAUAAAGAAGAAGAAGUAAAGGACAACACAAACACAACCAAUUUUUAUCCAUUUGGAAUAAACAAAGAUAUUGUUGAAAAGAGGGAUAAGUGUAAAAAGGAGGUUAUAGUUGAAAUGGGGAAAGAUGAAGACACAGCACUGAUAAGAGAGGAUAACUCUAAGAACAUAGCAAAAGAAAAAAAAAAAAAAAAAAAAGAAACAGGGAUAGAGAAAGAGACAGAAGCAGGAAUAGGAACAAGAACGGGAACAGAAUUAACAAAGGAUAAUGGAAUAAAGGAAAAUUUUAUAUUCCCGGAAGAGAAUAUUAGUAAUAAGGGAAAAGGAGAAAUAAGAGAAAAGGGCCCUUUCAAAAAACACUCAUCGCUUAAAAGUGUUUCUUUUGACAUAGCAGAAGAUGAAUAUAACAAAUUGGGGAUAAAAAAUGCAAAGGGAGAGGCUGAUAUACCAGGGAAUGACAGAAUAGGCGAAAUGGCAUGCAACAAAUUUAAUGAUGAUGAAAAUAAAAUUAUAAAUGAGUUCAACUUAUUUCUAAAUAAGCAAAAAAAGGGAACGGAUACACAUAUGGGCGAUGCACAUAAGGACGACGCUCAUAAGUCAGUGAAGGAAUUCAAAAAUACGGCAAGUAGUGAAAGUAGUGUGCUGUGGAAUUAUGUUAUAAGUAAAAGUAAAUUUUAUGAAUUAAAAGAAGAUUUUGUAAAUUAUAAUAAAUUUUUACUUGAAAAAGAAAAGCGAGGAAAAGAAGAAACACUUGGUAACUUACUAGGAAUGAGUAAAUAUAUCGACAUAAAGAAGAAGAAAAAAAAUAAUAAUAAUACUAAUAAACGUAAAGGUAGGAAAAUGAAUCCAGAAGAAUUUAAUUGCAUUAUUGAUAAAUUUACAAAAAAUAUAAACACAGAUUUAACGUUAAGAAGUUAUGAUUAUAGGAAAGGCCCACCUCAACAGGAUGUGUCUUCAUACACGCUAAACGCUAAUUGUAAAUGUGCAGUUGAUCAAACGUAUGUAGGGGAAUACACAGCAACAACAGGGAAAAACGAGAGUAGUCACGUCAGCUCGUUUAACAAAUAUUUCACUGCAAAUGAUAACAUCUUUUUUGUACAAAAGACCAUUUUAAAAAAUAGCUCUCUUUUAUUUAAUGACGACAAUCUGGAGAUAUCAAUAGAUCAAAAUUAUUACGACAUUAAUGGAAUUAUAAAAAUUUAUUUGAAGAACAAAAAGUUUGUGAAUUUUUAUGAUGUGGAUAUACAAAUUACUAAUAAGAUUCUUUUUCCCUUGAGGUUUAAAUUUCUCAGUUAUGAAAAGAUGUUGUGCACGAGCUCAACAAAUUGCUAUGAAAUGGCUGUGAAGUGCCAGCACAUGUACAAGGGUUUUCCACUUAUUAAAAUUUCGUACAGAAUGCAAGAUAUGUUUAGAAAAAGUAUUGAGUUAAGGCUGCCCAUACCAAUAAACAAAUUUAUGAAGAGUAUGAAAAUCACUAAGGACGUUUUCGACAAGUUUUGGAAUAAUGAAAAUUUUAACCUAUAUAAGAAGGAGAAAAUUAUUAACAAAGGAGAAAUGGUGGACAAUGAAUCAAUUGUUGUGGACGCUUGUUUGGGAGAUGCUUUAAACGUGUGUUAUAUCGAUGACAAGAUUUAUUUAUGUGGUAGCUAUACUGACAAUUCGAGCGCCCUGGAAAAUUAUUUCGUUCUUGUCGGAAUUGAAGUUGUAAAAAAAAAGUUAAAAAUUAUAUGCAAAUCAAAUAACCCAACAUUAUCUUCAGCUAUAUUAUUUUUAAUUGUAUUAAUACUUAAGAAGCAUACAAAGAAAUGA